GCUUCCUGGGUUAAUGAAACUUUGCUAUGAUUUACGUGCUGGGUUUGGCAUACACCAUGCUAAGGUAAAACCCAAAGUAGCCGUGCUGAACAUGCUAAAGCGGUUGGACAAGAUUAGAUUCCGUGGACAGAAGCGAGAUGAAUUCUUGGAUCUAGCUGAGUCCCCCAAUGCGUCUGACAAUGAAUGUGAGGACAUGCCGGUGAAGCCUCGGCCUUCGCUGAAAGACACAGAAGAUGUGCGAGACCCUGCUGGAUCGGGGACUCUCAACAUGGCAGCUGCCAUUCAGGACCUGAGGAGUGAAUCUGAACGGCUCAACGAGGUCAAGGGCCAUCUUGAAAUUGCCUUACUGGAGAAGCACUUCCUGCAAGAGGAAUUGCGGAAACUGAGAGAAGAAACCAAUGUGGAGACGCUGAAGCAAGAACUGGAGAAAGAGAGGGGGAGAAGAAUGGACCUGGAACAAAAAAUGACCGAAGUGCUCAAAGCGAGGUUGGAAGAUUCUCCUCCCCAACCUCCUCGUAAACAGCAGUCACCCACAGCUAACAGUAAAGAGAAGCAGGGGGAGACCCUUUAUUUCCGUAUACACAAGUGGCUCUCCGACCGGUUUGGAGUUUAUAUCGAGGACUUCCGCUUCCAGCCGGAGGAGAACACUGUGGAGACCGAGGAACCAUUAAGUGCUAAGAGGUUAACAGAAAACAUGAGGCGACUUAAGCGAGGUGCCAGACCUGUUACAAACUUCUUAAGGAAUCUGUCUGCCUUAUCUAACUGGCACUCGGUGUACACGUCAGCGAUAGCCUUCAUCAUCUACAUGAAUGCUGCAUGGCAUGGCUGGGCCAUUCCCAUGUUUCUGUUUUUAGCCAUUUUGAGGUUAUCCUUGAAUUACCUCAUUGCUAGGGGAUGGCGGAUUCAAUGGAGUAUUGUGCCUGAAGUUUCUGAGCCCAUGGAACCUCCAAAAGAGGACCUGACUGUGUCUGAAAAGUUCCAGUUAGUUCUUGAUGUUGCACAAAAAGCACAGAAUCUUUUUGGUAAGAUGGCUGACGUAUUGGAGAAAAUCAAGAACUUAUUUAUGUGGGUGCAGCCAGAGAUCACUCAGAAACUUUACAUUGCUCUUUGGGUGGCCUUCAUUUCCUCCUGUGUGCUGCCAUACAAACUCAUGGGCUUCAUAAUUGGGUUGUAUGCUGGCAUCAAAUUCUUCAUCAUUGACUUCAUCUUUAAAAGCUGUCCAAAGCUGCGGGAUAAGUAUGACACACCCUACAUUAUGUGGAACAGUCUGCCCACUGACCCUCAGCUCAAGGAGCGCAGCAAUGCCGCUGUGUCACGCCGGAUUCAGCCAGUGGUAUCACGGAGUAGCCUAGCAACCGUGCCCUGUGGUGUCAAUCGAGAGGAGGAGAGCGGACGUUCUCACAACACCAAGAAAGGAGCUUUUCACGAGAUCUUCAGCCUCCCUGAAUCUGAACGGCCAUUACCUGUGUGUGAGAAUGGAUGGAGAUGUUGCUUGAUAAACCGAGACAGGAAAAUGCCCACAGACUACAUUCGCAACGGUGUGCUCUACGUCACAGAAAAUUAUUUAUGUUUUGAGAGCUCCAGUUCCCGGUCUGGUUCCUCAAAGAAAAACAAAGUCAUAAAAUUGGUUGACAUCACAGAUAUACAGAAGUACAAAGUUCUGUCAGUUCUACCGGGGUCUGGAAUGGGAAUCUCUAUUGCCACACCUUCAACACAAAAGCCCCUUGUCUUUGGUGCCAUGAUCCACAGGGAUGAAGCUUUUGAAGCAAUCUUCACACAGUACAUGAAGAUCAUGACCACAUCUGGCCCGGAGACCUAG